AUGGAUAACGCUUAUGCACUGCCGGCUGGCCAGGUCCUCUCCCGUCUGGGUGUGGAAGCCAGCCUUGGCUUGACUGAUACUCAAGUUGUCGAGCUGCAGCAGAAGCACGGAAAGAAUGCCAUUCCUGACGAGCCACCCACGCCGCUAUGGGAGCUCAUUUUGGAGCAGUUCAAGGAUCAGCUGGUCAUCAUUCUCCUCGGCUCGGCCUUUGUGUCGUUUGUCCUGGCUUUGCUCGAAAAAGAUGGCGGCUGGAGCGCCUUCGUUGACCCUGCUGUGAUUCUCACCAUUCUGAUUCUUAAUGCCGUCGUCGGCGUGUCGCAAGAGAGCAGCGCCGAGAAGGCGAUUGCAGCGCUGCAAGAGUAUUCGGCCAACGAAGCCAACGUGAUCCGCAACAAUGGGCUCGUGUCCCGGGUCAAGGCUGAGGAACUCGUUCCUGGCGACAUCGUCUCUGUCUCGGUUGGUAGCCGCAUCCCGGCCGACUGCCGGCUAAUUGCCAUUGAGAGCAACAGCUUUGCAGUCGACCAGGCCAUCCUGACGGGCGAGAGCGAGAGCGUGGGCAAGGACAGCGCGGCCGUCGUCGCGGACGACAAGGCUGUCAAACAGGAUCAGGUCAACAUGCUCUUCUCGGGCACUACCGUGGUGACCGGCCGCGCCAAGGCGGUCGUCGUCCUGACCGGCCCCAAUACUGCCAUUGGUGACAUCCACGAGAGCAUCACGGCCCAGAUCUCGGAGCCGACGCCGCUGAAGCAGAAGCUCAACGACUUUGGCGACAACCUGGCCAAGGUCAUCACGGUCAUCUGCAUCCUCGUCUGGCUCAUCAACAUCCCCAACUUUGCCGAUCCCAGCCACGGAAACUGGACCAAGGGCGCCAUCUACUACUUGAAGAUUGCUGUCUCGCUCGGCGUGGCUGCCAUCCCGGGGGGAUUGGCGGUCGUCAUCACCACCUGCCUGGCCCUGGGCACCCGCAAGAUGGCUGCCAAGAACGCGGUCGUGCGCAGCCUGCCGUCGGUCGAGACGCUCGGCAGUUGCAGCGUGAUCUGCUCGGACAAGACGGGCACGCUGACCACCAAUCAGAUGAGCGUCAGCAAGAUCGUCUACAUCGGCGAGAGCGGCCGGGAUCUGGAGGAGCUUGACGUCGAGGGCACCACCUUUGCACCGCGCGGCAACAUCAAGGCGGCGAGUGGCGAGAUUGUCAGCGAUCUGGCUCAGACGUCGUCGACCAUCCGCCAGAUGACCGAGGUAGCCGCGCUCUGCAACGACUCCCGCCUCGCUUACGACUCGCGCACGGACAGCUUCACGAACAUUGGCGAGCCGACCGAGGGCGCCCUGCGCGUGAUGGCCGAAAAGGUCGGCCCCCGUGCACCGGGCGACUGCCCGCCGUCGGAGCUGGUGCAUUACGCCAGCUCCUGGUACGAAAAACAGUUCACCCACCUGGCCACGUAUGAGUUCUCGCGGGACCGCAAGAGCAUGUCGGUGCUGGUGCAGAGUGGCAGCGCAGAGAAGCUGCUCGUCAAGGGCGCGCCCGAGUCGAUCAUCGAGCGCUGCACGCACGCGCUGGUCGGCGUGGACGGAAAGAAGGUGGCCAUGGACCGCGGACUGACGGAGCUGCUUCUGCGCGAAGUGGUGGACUACGGCAACCGUGGGAUGCGCGUAAUUGCGCUGGCCAGCGUGGAUGAUAUCUCGGGCAACCAGCUGACGCGGUCGGCUAAGACGACGGAUGAGUACGCGCAGCUGGAGCAGAAGCUGAAGCUGUUGGGCCUGGUCGGCAUGCUGGACCCGCCGCGGCCAGAGGUGGCGGCAUCGAUCGGACAGUGCAAGGCAGCAGGGAUCCGGGUGAUUGUGAUCACGGGCGACAACCGCAACACGGCCGAGAGCAUCUGCCGGCAAAUCGGGGUGUUUGGCGAAGACGAGGACGUGACGGGCAAGAGCUUCACGGGCCGCGAGUUCGACAACCUCAGCGCCAGCGAGCAGCUGGAAGCAGCACGGACGGCGUCGCUGUUCUCGCGGGUCGAACCGGCACACAAGUCGCGGCUGGUCGACCUGCUGCAGCAGUUGGGCGAGGUGGUGGCGAUGACGGGUGACGGCGUCAACGACGCGCCGGCGCUCAAGAAGGCCGACAUUGGCGUGGCCAUGGGCUCGGGCACAGACGUGUCCAAGCUGGCGGCCGACAUGGUGCUGACGGACGACAACUUUGCCACGAUCGAAUCGGCCAUUGAGGAGGGCCGGUCCAUCUAUAACAACACGCAGCAGUUUAUCCGCUAUCUGAUCUCGUCCAACAUUGGUGAGGUGGUUUCGAUCUUCCUAACGGCCGCUUUGGGCAUGCCCGAGGCACUGAUCCCGGUGCAGCUGCUCUGGGUCAACCUGGUGACGGACGGCCUGCCGGCGACGGCUCUUUCGUUUAACCCGCCCGACCACGACAUCAUGCGCCGUGCACCACGCAAGCGCGACGAGCCCCUGAUCGGCGGCUGGCUCUUCUUCCGCUACCUCGUCAUCGGCACAUACGUCGGCCUAGCCACCGUGGCCGGUUAUGCCUGGUGCUUCCCCGAGAUUGGCUGCGCCAUGUUUGCCGACGACCGCGCCAAGGCCGCCUCGACCGUGUCGCUGUCCAUCCUGGUUGUCAUCGAGAUGCUCAACGCUAUGAACGCGCUGUCCUCGAGCGAGUCGCUGCUGACCCUGCCGCUGUGGAAGAACAUGAUGCUGGUGUACGCCGUGGCCCUGUCCAUGGCCCUGCACUUUGCCCUGCUGUAUACGCCCUUCCUGCAGACUCUCUUCUCGAUCCUGCCUCUGAACUGGACCGAGUGGGCAGCUGUGAUGGCAAUCAGCGCACCUGUCAUUUUCAUCGACGAGAUUCUCAAGCUUGUCGAGCGCCUAUACUUUGUGCAGGCACCGAGCGUCAAGCCUUCAAAGGCGAAGAAGACCAACUAA